CGCAACCCUACCCCCCACGUUCAUGAGCGCGCAGAUGAAAGCUCCACGGGCGGUGGAAGCGGUCCAUCCGCAGGCGGCCGAGGGCGCGCUUCGACCGUCCUGCCCCGGGCUGUACACCACGACGCCGUGCGCCGAGGGGCCGCACGCGGGGGAGUAUUUCUACAACGCCGCGGUGUGCGACUCCAUUCGCUUCGACGUGGAGUGCCACCUCUCCACCGGGUUCGUCACGUGCACGUCGCGGUGGACCGUCCCGAAGGCGCUCCUGAACGGGAAAGCGUCCGGCUCGUGCCUGUUCGCGAUGCCGCUCGCGAACGGCCUGACCGUGACCGGGAUCACCGCGCGGUCGUCGAAGAAGUGCGUCACGAGCGCGAUCGUCCCUCUGGAGGACACGACGAACUUCAAAGGGAAAUCCUUCGGGAGGAACACGACGGAGCACGCGCCGGAGCAUCCGGACGUCUUCUGCAUGACGGUGCCGAACGUCGCCGCGGACGAAGUCGUCGACGUGUGCGUGACGUACUUCCACCCGCUCGAGUUCGAGAACGGCGCGUACGCGUUCACGGCGCCGAGCACGAUGCCGGAGGCGUCGCUGCCGUGGGAUAAAGACCACGUCGGCGUGUGCUCCUUCACCGUCGCGAUUCGAAGCGCGUACGAAGGCGACGUCGCCGUCGCGUCGACGUCGCACCCGCUCCAGAUCAUUCAACAACAGUCCGGGUUCAAGAAAGUGCGCGCGAGCGCGGCGAUGGGGGGAUGGAAGAACGCGGACUUCAAGCUCACGAUGCCGACGUGGGCGGAGCACAUCGUCGCCGCGUGCGUGCAGCAGAGGCCGACGCACAUUCUCGGGCAGCCGCCGCCGAGGGACCCGCGGAGCUCGUUCGUCGUCGCGCUCGCGCCGCCGAAACCGGAGAGAUGCCUCGCGUUCGGUCGGUCCGUCGUCUUCGUGAUCGACCGCUCGGGGUCCAUGAACGGCGAGCCCAUGGAGGCGGCGAACGAGGCGCUCACGACUGGACUGCGGUCGCUCACGGAGCACGAUUACUUCAACAUCUGCGCGUUCGACGACGGGCAGGAGUACUUCGACGCGAACGCCAUGACGCAGGCGACGCCGAAGAACGUCGAGCGCGCGAUGGCGUGGAUGAACGAGCACUGCGUCGCGCGCUAUACGACGGAUAUCUACACGCCGCUCAGCGAGGCGCUGAAGCUCCUCGCCGGGUGCGCCGGGAACGGCACGGUGCCGUUCGUGUUCCUCAUCACCGACGGCGCCGUGUCGGACGAGAAAGAGAUCUGCAAGAUGUUGAUGGCGGAGUCGCAGCAAAAGGGCGAGGCGCUCCCGCGCGUGUGCACGUUUGGGAUCGGGCAGUACUGCAACCACUACUUCCUCAAGAUGCUCGCGAACAUCGGACGAGGUUUAUUCGACGCCGCGUUCACGAACGAUAAGAUCGCGACGCAGAUGUCGAAGAUGCUCACCGCCGCGCGGUCGCCGGUGUUGACCAACAUCGAGAUCGGCGUCGGGGUCGGGUCCGAGGUGGAGCUGUACCCGUUCCCGGUGCCGGAUCUGUACCUCGCGACGCCGGUGAUGGUGAGCGGGAAGGUGAUGGGCGUGCUGCCGCCGACGAUUUCGAUUCGCGGCCGAACCGCGGACGGCGGCGUGUGGGAGCAGACGGUGGCGGUGCAAAACGACGACGCGAUCGACACGCUCACCGUGCCUCUGGAGAAGGUGUUCGUCAAGCAGCGGAUCGACCUCCUCGUCGCCAAGGCGUGGCUUUACGACGAUAAGAAGCUCGAGAAGGAGAUCAUCGACAUUUCCGUGGAGCACGACGUCGCGUGUCCGUACACGAAGCUGUGCGCGUUUGAAGUCACGCCCGCGAACGAGGAAAAGAUGAAAAAAGACAAGGCGAAGGGUAAGAAGAGCAAGAUAGCGAUGUACGCCGUCGGCGGCGCGGCGGGGAUCUUAGUCCUCGGCGCCGCCGGGGCGAUGAUCGGGUUCGGGAACAUCGCCGGGACGCUCGCGAACGGCGCGGGCGUCGUCGGCUCCGCGGGAGAGGCCCUCGCCGGGGUCAUCGGCAACGCCGGGUCGCAGAUCGGCGAAGGGUGCUGCACCGUCUGCGACGUCUGCGGUGACACGUGCGGCGACGCGUGCGGCUUCGCGACUGGACUGUGUCAGCCGUGCCUCGACGCGUGCGCGCCGAUCACCGGGGUGGUCGGCGACGCGUGCGGGUCGAUUUGCGGUGCGUGCCAGGGGUUGCCCGACUGCCUCGGCGGCGCUUGCGGGAGCGUCGUGCCGCUGCUGAGCGGGUGCUGCGAGAACUGCGGCGAGUGCUUCGGGGCGGUCGGGCCCUUGAUCGGGGACUGCUGCAAAGAGUGCGGCAGCGUGAUCGAGCCGCUCGGGAAGUGUCUCCUCGGCAUUGUAAUCAGCGUGUUGGAGGCGUUGAAGUGACGGCGGACGAGCGCGGAGUUCACGUGGCAAGUACCAGCCGGUUUCGUCGUUCGUACAUCAAGUGUGUGUUAGUACGUGUACAUUAAGUGUGUGUUCUAUAUACUAAUUUAUUCCAUAUUGUAC